CACGAGCUUCCGUCUAUGGCUGGUUGCGGGCUUCCGUUUCAGCCAGACGCCCCGGCGCAUUGUUUCAGCAGAAGGAUGCAGCCAGGGGUGACGGUGGUUCUGGCCACGGUCUGGCUGGCGGCGUGCGUGGUGGGGACAGUCAGCUACCAUCCCUCUCGCCUUACCCUCGAUCAAUACUCCCCUUUGGCCCCGCAGCCUCGGCAGCAUGAAGUUUAUCGAAGAGUCGAGGGCCAACUGGACUGGAAGGAUCAGAAUCCUGGCGAGAAUCAGCCGUUCGACCUUUCGAUCGGGCCGCGAAGGUCGAUCUCGACGAGCGCCACCGGGCUUCAGGGGCAAUCCCGCGGGAGCAAGUACGAAGAAAGUGACUCGCUGCUCCGCCGGUCACGGAACAGCGUCGAUGACAAUUUUUCACCUUUAGUCGAAGAUAAGCAGCCCCGUAAUUUCGUCGGUCGAGAGUUCACGGAUGAGAAGGCCGAUAGUGAAGACACAAAGGGUCUGGAAUCAGCGUCGCGCGAGCUGUCUCCUCCGUCGGAAUUGGAGGAUCCUUUUGUAGCCGACGACACGUUCCAAGAUCAAGGACCAGGCUCCGUGGAAAUAUACAAAUUGGACCUGCUGAGAGAGAAGUCUCUGCUGAGUCCGACACCAGUCACGAGAUUCCCGUCGAAGAGCAAGGCGCCUAAGAAGACCAACCACGUGAGCUGGAAGUUCAAACCGUCCGACUACAAAGCUACCAGUCUCAAGAUGCUGCACAAACAAUCCAACUCGUUCGACGACUCGAGCACAGAGGUACCACCGAACACGGAUCCGUUCAGUAUAGGCGGAGUACCGGAGUUGCAGGUGGGCUGCGAGGGACUGGAAGCAUCCGAUCACGGGAAAGAGAGAAGAUCGAUAGACCCGCCAGCCAGAGAUAAGAAUCCGAAGAAGGUGAUCCCGUGGGCAGACGUAACUCCGGUGUCCCUCAACUUAGACUACGAUCUCUCCGGCGAGGAGGGAUUCGAGGAGAUGGACGAGCUGCUGAAGCUAAAGAAAUCGCAGACCACCACGGAGAGGAUCAAGCAGAAUAGAGGCGACAUGGACGCGACUCUUUAUUCCAACUUCCACGACGACAAAAGACACGAGGAGAAAUUACCUGUCCGCGGUGACUUGGGCAAGUCUAGCGCGAGGAACAGGACGACGGUCCUUUUGGCUGUCCAUGAUAAUCGAAAGGCAGGGGAAGACCAGCCUUUGCAUUUUUAUAAAAGAAAGCCGGAAGAUUACGACGAGACGAGACUCGACGACGACGACGUCGCGUCUCGAGCUAAUCAGCGUCGAAGGAUAUUGUGGCUCGACGAUUCCAACGGCAUCGAACAACAGGGGGAUGAAGGACGCGCGAAACGUGACGCUUGGGGAUUCGGGGAGGACGAGGGUGCGGUGAACAGCGGCGAGUUGCAGACGCGGAAUCAACGACGAAGACUGGACUACGAGAGGUGGAGGCAGGAGCAGGAGCAGAAGAGACAACAGGUGGAUGAACAGAGGAGGCGGGAAGAUGCGCAGAGACGGAGUCUCGUGGAGAAUCGAACUAGUUCCGACAUAGAGAAGAUCAGGCAGGAGUACGAGAAGUCGUUGGAGCUGAGGCAGAGGCAGGAGGAAGAAAGACUGCGACGAUUGCAGUCGUCGAACAGGCAGCAGUUGGACGAAUACAGGCGACGUUCGCAGGGGAACGAAUCGCGGAUGAAUCGAUGGCAGGAGGAGCAACGUCGGAGGCAAGAGUUAGAGACGUCUCGUAAAAGAUACUGGACUACGUUGCCGACCCCCACGUACGAGACGGAAAGAGAGAGACUGCGGCAGCAGGAAGAGGAAGCGAGAAGGCGGGAAGAGAGUCGUUUGAGAGAGGAGGAGAAUCGACGAAGAUUGCAGGAGGAAGAAGAAGAGCGUAGGAGGCAGCAGAGCAGAUGGGUAGAGGAGACGAGGAGGAGGCAAGAACUGGAUAGAAGAAAUUUAGAGGAGAGAAGGAGGCAGUGGAUGCUGAAGCAGAGGCAGCAGGAAGAAGAGGAGAGAAGACGACGGCAGCAGCAGAACAGGAACGCACCGUCGAAUUUAUCGUAUCCUCCGCGAACUAGUCCGAACGAAAGUAGAUCGCACGAGGCUGAAAUAGAAAGGGAACGACAGCGAAAGUUGAACGAGUACAUGCAACGUCAUGUACCGAUCAAUCUGAACGAUUCGAUGACCCGACGAAGGGAAGAGGAGGCUCACAGGAGGAAGCUGGAGGAGGAAAGAAAAUUGCAAGAGUACCUUCGACGCAUGCAGAAGCCGACCGAGUCGUAUGACAGGAACUGGCUCGGGUAUAGAGGGCUAGACGAAGCGAGACAAUAUAAUCGCUCGAGGUAUCCGGGGCCAGGAAACGGAAGAAGAAAUCAUGGUCCAUCAGCCUCGACUAAUAUCGAUCCACGGUCUUACGUAGACGAGGCUAGAAGAAGCAUCGAGCAGGAAAGGAUGCUCGAGCGACAGAGACAGCAGCAAGAGGAGCUAAGGAGAGAAGCUCUGAGGCGAGAAGAAGAGGCUAGGAGGCUACAAUCGAGGAGAUACGAGGAGGAACGAAGGAGACAAGAAGCGGCUAGGUUAGAAGCGGAGAGAUUGGCGAAACUGCAUCGAGAAGAGGCCAGAAGAAGAAGCCAGGACCGGAGAGUGAGGCCGUUGGAGAAUACGAGACCUAGCUACGAGGAUCGUAGCCGAUUCGACGAGCAUAGGAGACCAGACACGGGUCUUAUUCCAGCCAAUUUAUUCCUGAACGAGUCCAGGAGAGCCAAGGAGCUCGAGAGACAGAGGCAGGAGUACGACAGACAGAGACAGGAGCACGACAGGAAGAUACAGGAGUAUGAGAGACAAAGGCAGGAGCAACAGAGAAGAAGGAUAGAAGCUGAGAGACGGCAGCAGGCGUAUACCAGAACGCAGGAGGCAUGGAAGCAGGGACAACGCACCAGGGUGAUGACGGAGGAAGAGAGACGCAGGGAAGAGGCCAGGCUGAACGCGUUGAGCGUGAAGGCAAGAAUAAUAGUCCAGCCCGCGGUGCCUAACGUGAUAUCGAGGAUGGGCUUCGACAGUGAUAUCGAUUUCCCGGGAGCUAAUAUGCAUCGACCCGGGCCGAUAGCUGCCAACUUCCCAGCCCCGUCCACUCAGAAACCUAAGAAAAGCCUUCCACCCUGCAUCUGGGCGGUUGUCCACUGUUGUCCGUCGAAUAUCAACCGCCUGGUGAACUGUUUCGAGGCUAUGGGCUGUCCGGGUGUCAACUGGGACCCCGCACCGUGCAGAAGCAGCAUCGUCGAAGCUGCCAGGAAACAGGUGAACAAGUUCUACGAGGAGGACGAGGACGAAGAUUAUUAGCAGAAACGCGAGAUGGUAGAGUGUGCGUUUCGCGGGAUAGGAUUUCGUGGAUCGUCCUUUGAAAUGUCCUUUGCCAACCAAUCGCAGGAGAUUGCCUGUAGCUCUUAAGGAAGACGGAGGCGAUUAACGCGAGUGGAUCGAACAGUUGACAGGGGAAUUGACCGAGGAACCUGGUCGUUAGCCUACACUCCUGGUCGAAUCGAAAUGUGCAGAAUUUAUUUCACGAGAUAUUUUUCAAUCGAUGGUAGCUACUGUGUUUCGUGUAUCGUGAAUUGCUCUCUGAGCUUUUUAGCGUUUGCCAAUGAUACGUUCAUGUUCUAUUAUAAUACAUGAUGGGGCUGAACAAUGCGAGAUGUUCAGUACACGAAUUUAAUUUCUGAUAUAAUAUAUAUAUAUUCCCUUCGUAUUAGAUAUUUCACAUAAAAUAUAUCACCUUUUCUUUAUAAAUUUAUGUUUAUUGUGAACAAAAAAAACAUUUUGAGAAUAUAAUAAAUUCUUUUCUUUAUUUUAUUGGGAACAUUACGAUCGAUUCAAUGGCUGCGAAGUAAUUACAGUUACUAGUACUUAGAUAUAUAUACAGAAGAAAUUCGAGAAAUUUUGGAAUCUGCAUAUUUCUACGAAACUUCACCGUGAUUAAUUAUCCUACUUGAAGGAAAUGAAGAUAUCCUCGAUUUAUUUCGUUCACGACGAAAUUGUUCGAGUAAAAUUUUAAUUUAGGAUUCGAAUUUUAAUAAUUUCAUUAACGAUACUUUCUCGAUUUCUCCAGUAUUAUCUUUCCCUUUAAAAACUCGUAUCAAAUUUGCAAUCACGUCCACGUUGGAGUAUCUGCUGAACACUUCGAUCCACUCGAGUAGCCACCCUCGUGUCUCUAAAACGCGAACACGAAAGAACUCGUGACACGUGGCUAGGAGGGCACCGCUUGUGUUCUUCGCUGUUCUCGUAUUCUUAGAACGUGAAACAGACAGUUACAUUAUAGAUCGGAUAUUUUUCUAUUCGCUUCUUUAGAUCGACGUAGCGUUGCAUGACAGCCUUUUAAAUAUAACAGCGCGGACAAUUGCGCCAACGAUUUCGAAAGCGUCGCGUUCCUCUUGUGAAACCGGUGCGUCAGAAAUUCUGCGAGGGCUUGCGAGCCGGCUCGAAAUUAUUUUUCCCAGUACCACCAUCAUCCCGAGUGAAUUUUUACGGCUCGAUAUCGCGCGACGCGUCGUUAAACGCGAACAAUUCCUCGCAACGAUUCCGACACGUUUAUAGAAUGCGUCGAGGAUUCAGGAACCGGAACGAGACCGGGGAACUUGUUUCGCCAUGGAAAAUCGCUACGAGCCGUGGGUUCCAAGUUAAUUUCGAAAUUCUCGAAACUCGAAUCCGAGACUUCGUAAGAUUCGAAACCCGCGAAAUUCUCGAAACUUUCGAAACUCCUGAGUCGAGUUCGUCCCGCGAGAGGAAUCGUUUCGUGAACCGAAAUCUUAACAAAAAUCUUGCGUUAAUCUUUGUUAGUCGUAGUUAAUCCUCUUAGUACCCUAGUACUUAUAUACCGAUUCCUAAUACUUUUCUCGAGAUACGUUUUCAACCCAUAUUUUGAUUUUUCUUCCCUUUAAUUCGAUUUUGACACACGCAUGUAAUAUGGCGAUUUAUUUCUAUAAUACAAAUGUAAA